GGUCAUUUGUGGUCAAAAAAUGGUCAAACGAAUGCAGUUUGAAUUUUUGAAUUUCCUCAUUUUCGGGGGCUAUCUUCGCAUAGCUAAAGAGAAAGUCUUUUAUGAGGACCGAGAUGAGGUUGAAACUGCCAGACUCCAUUGGCAGAAAUUUUUUAGGUAUUAAAGGACCAUCUUCUCUGAUAUCUAUCCCAAAAUUUAAUGUUAUUCAAGGCUUUUCUACUGAUUCUGUGCAUGGAAUUUAUUUGGGUGUUGUAAAAAAAUUGGAAAGUUUAUGGUUUGACAUAACGAGUUGCAGACAAGAGUAUUAUAUUGGUAAUAAAUCACGAACCAAGGUAAUUAACAAGCGAACGUCAUCGUUCAUAAUGCCAAAACCUGGAGGGCGUACACCUCGACCAAUAGAAAACAGAAAGAGUUAUAAUUUUUUACUGUACAUAUGUCUUCCAUCAGUUACAGGACUGUUACCUGAGAAGUACUUUGAGCAUGUCAGUCUUUUAGUUGGAGCAGUUUUUAAACUACUGAAAAAGUCUACAUCUAAAGAAGAACUGGUGAUCGUCGAUAAAUUCUUGGUAAGAUUCGUUGUUGGCAUGCAAGAGUUGUAUGGUAAGGUGCAUAUGACUUUCAACGUACAUUCUCUCCUUCAUAUAACGAGGAGUGUGUUGAACUGGGGUUCUAUAUGGAUUAGAUCUAUGUUCGUCGAUGAAGAAAAGAAUUCUUUAUUAAGGAAAUGUUGUACAGGGCCCACUGGCAUUCGAAGUCAAAUAACUAGGAAAUUUUUGCUUCAGCAGCAGUUUUCUUCUCCAUCAAUUCUUAAAAGCUGUAGCGAGCCAGUUGUAUCAUAUGUGUCAGAGCUUCAUGGUAAUAAAAGACAUGCCAUUCAAAGUACAGUUAGUCCUGUGCUUUUGAUUGGUAAACCAUUGAAAAAUAUCCAAAUAUUUUUUUCAAACUGUGAAAACCUGACACUUUAUCCGAAGAUGAUUUUUUGCAAUUAAAUAUUUUCCAUAGAAAAUGUCAACUAUUCAGAGUCAUUAAUUCAUUCAAAUGAUGAUAAAGUUGGAGAUUGUCCAUGAUAAUGUAAAUAAUGAUGUUAUAAUAUUAUUUAAAGAGUACGUCAAGGUAGGUCUUGUUUCAAAAAAUGUAUGCUGUUUGUUUUUUACUAAUAACCAAAUAACUUAUACCAUAAAAGCUACAGAAAUUGGUGGAAAAUGUGUAAAAGUUGACAAUGAUGGUAAUUUAAUUUUUGUAAAAACAGUGAGUAAUUUUGAAUAUAUUACCUAAAUUUAUCUUUUAGUUUUACUAUAACUAUACUGCUUCUAUAAAUUCUAUAACUAUACUGCUAUAACUAUGCUUCUUUAAAUUCACUUUUGUGGUUUGAUAUUUGAUGUAAUAGGGCAAAAUCAUUAUCUCUAUCUUAAAUAGAGUGUUGAUCAUAAAUAUAUGUACUUGUUUAUACUGUAAAAUUUUUAAGAAGUUACCAUCCACAUGCAUAAGUUAUUUUUUAUUUACACUUGUGAGGUGUGGUGCAUAGGGGGGAAUAAAAGGCAAUGGCUAGCUCACUUUUUAUUUUAUUUUAACCAACAUGAUUAUAAUUAAACACACAGCACAUUCACAGACAUAGCAUAUAAAACAUAUAUGAAGAAGUAAAAAGUAAGGAGCUCUGCAUGGCAGGUUGCAUCGUUCGUCUAUUACCACGCACUCUCUGAGUUUUUUUCUAGUUUCUUCUAGGAGGCGUUGCUAGUUCUAGUUUCUCCACAGACUCCCCCUGUGGCUCUGAUGGCGCCUCGAGGAGGAACCAGUAUAUCUUUCCUGUGACGUCCCCUUCUUUUUACAGGAGCGACAGAUCCUCCAGUGUCUCUUUUUACUUCGGGUUCCAUAUAAGAUUUUAAAGAUGACACGUGAUAAGUUCCCAGAGUUUGGUCUGGACUGGCCGGGUCGGCAAUCUCAUAAGUUGUUGGGGAUCGAUUAGUUAGAACUACGUAAGGUCCUUCUCUUCUGGGCAUAAAUUUUCUACUUUUCUUAUUUUUACUAAUUGGGUGGAUGUUUACCCAAACUUUGUCACCAGGUUUGAAGUAUAGUGAUCGUUGACGACGAUCAAAAUUUGCUUUCUGUUGAUCCUGUUUGCAUUCGACUCGUUCUUUCAUCCGAGCUGUUAGACGAUCAAACCUUUUUAGAUAUGGUGUUAUCUCAGGCACAAAGUUGUGACGGGUACGGCCCCUAGCUGGACCUUCGUAUACUUCCAUUUCUCUCUUGCAACGGUCCUGUUUUGAAUUUCUGACAAUCACAUAAUAAUUGCAUUGACCUAGUGAGCGAAUAUUAUUUUAUUUACUUUCAAAUUCACCAUGAAGCGUAUUUCGGGUCAGGUAGGUAAGGGGAUUAUGGUCUGACACAAUUUGUACUUUGGAAUCAAAAGUCCAAGUAUCAAACUUUUUCAAAGCUUCGAUGACACAAAACGCUUCCCUCUCAAUAGUUGACCAUCGUUGUUGGCAAAGAUUUAGUUUUUCUUUUCCUUGUUCAGUAUUUUGAACUAUACUCGCUUGUAGUGGCUAUUUAAGGUGAUUAAAUAGAUUUGCAACAUUUAUUGUGAAACUGAGAAUUAAUUGUCUAUGAUUCUUCAAUAGAUAAUUUAGAUUAAUCCUAACCCUAGUUCGGUCUGAUUAGGACUGAAGUAAUGUGACCAAGAAUCCAGAGGAGAGAACUUAUAUUCAUUAAAUAAAAAGUACA